AAUUUAACAAAAUAUAUUUUAAGUGCUGAAAGUGUGCGAAGAAAGCGCAGCUAGAACGAAGACAUGUGCAGCAAAUUGUGACAUAACCUCUUGUUUACUUCGAACAAUUGAAAGGGACGUUGAAACAUUUAGAGGCAUAUUUUUUUCUAUGUCUAACUUUUUCCACAAAACAUAUUGUACAGCAGUGAAUGCGGGAUUUUCUAAAUUAUCAGAAAUGACAAAUCAAAAAAUUCCAUUAACUUUUGAAAUAUUCUCCGAAUGUCAAACCACGAAAGCCAGAACUGGCAGAGUGACACUUGUUCAUCAUCAUGUGAAUACGCCGGUAUUCAUGCCAGUGGGAACUCAGGGAACAUUGAAAGGAUUGCUGCCCCAACAACUAGAGCAAUUGGAUUGUCAAAUCAUUCUUGGAAAUACCUAUCAUCUUGGAACUAGGCCUGGUGCAGAUGUCCUGCGUAAAGCUGGAGGUUUACACAAAUUCAUGAAUUGGAAAAGAGCUCUUUUAACAGAUUCGGGUGGUUUCCAAAUGGUUUCCUUGUUACAUCUAGCAGAAAUAACAGAAGAAGGUGUUAAAUUUAAAUCACCAUAUAAUGAAUCUGAGUGCAUGUUAACACCUGAACAUUCAAUUCAAAUCCAAAAUGCAAUUGGCGCUGACAUAAUUAUGCAACUUGAUGAUGUUGUAAAAAGUACUUUAACUGGUCCAAGAGUAGAAGAAGCAAUGCAUAGAACAACACGUUGGUUAGAUCGUUGUUUGUCAGCACACGAAAAAUCAAAUGAGCAAAGUAUAUUUCCAAUCGUGCAAGGUGGUCUUAAUCCUGAAUUACGAUCCGAGAGCGCACGACAAUUAAUUAAACGAGAAGUGAAUGGAUAUGCCAUAGGAGGUUUAAGUGGUGGGGAAAGCAAGGACGAUUUUUGGAAAAUGGUUCAUCUAUCAACAAAUAUUCUUCCAAAGAAUAAACCACGAUAUCUUAUGGGUGUUGGAUUUGCGGUUGAUCUAAUUGUAUGCAGUGCAUUAGGAAUCGAUAUGUAUGAUUGUGUAUUUCCAACGAGAACGGCUAGAUUUGGUUGCGCUUUGGUAAAAACGGGACAGCUCAAUUUGAAGCAAGCGCAAUAUAAAAAAGAAUCGAUACCAAUAGACGAAUCGUGUAACUGUAGCACCUGUAAGACUUACACACGCGCUUAUCUGCAUCAAAUCGCUACAGUAGAGACGAUAUCGUGUCAUUUGUUAACUGUUCAUAAUAUUGCAUUUCAAAUGAAACUAAUGCAAGACAUCAGAGACAGUAUAAAAGAACAAAGAUUCCCUAGAUUUAUACAGGAAUACAUGUUGGCAGUUUACCCUGAUAAAGAUUAUCCAAUAUGGAUAAUUAAUGCUUUGGAAGCUGUCAAUGUUACUCUAUUGUAAAACUUUUGCACUAAUAUAACUUUUAUUCUUAUAAUU